GGAUUGGGGACUUUUAGCAAUGGGAUAGGAUGGUGUUGCUGCAGGGAUUUGAACAAACGUUUCAAUAUUGCAGUGUUACAGAGGGUGCAGGAGCAUUACAGGGGAAACAAAAACUAAUGAAAGCUGAGCUCAAAGUUCUCUGGAUCAAACUCUGAACUUUGUCCUCCCACAGUUUAUGAGGUUGACGCCCGAAUAUGUUCCGCUUGUUCAUUUGUGGAGAUGAGGAGUGCAGACGAUAUCAAGUAGAAACUGAAGGGCUCUGAUCGCUGCUGCUCUGUAUUACUCUUCCCGAAUUUUGGAUUUUCCUUUCUGGACUCUCUGGUAACAUUUUAGACAGCUACAACACAUCAUUCCACGGAUCUGCCGAUGCUGGAUUUCUGAAUUCCCAGAAUGUUUCUUCUGCUCCAGGUUCUCAUUUGGAUCUUUCAUGUGAUUCCUACAGAAACAGCGGGAGAUUUAGAGCUGAAGGGACCAUUAUCCCCCAUCACUGGGGUUGUUGGGGGCAGUGUGGUCCUGGACUGUGUUUUGGUCAUGACCAAAGUCCCAAAGAAUAUGGAGGUCCGCUGGAUCAACGUGGUCUAUGGCUAUAGCUCACCUGUCCACUUGUACACAGAAGGAGCAGACGCGUUGGCAUCCCAGCACUUGGUCUACAGAGGCCGAACUGAACUGUUUCUCGAUGAAGUGGCAAAGGGGAAUAUCUCUCUCAGGCUGAAUGAUGUCCGAGUCUCUGACAGGGGACAGUACAAGUGCUUCGUUGCUUCUGGCAUCAAGACCGAUGAGUUUGUACUCACGCUAGAUGUGACAGGUACAGGCCGCCAGCCCAGGAUCGAGAUAGAGGGCCAAACGGGUGAUGGCAUCAGACUGGGUUGCACAUCCGAAGGGUGGUACCCACAGCCGACUGUCCUGUGGGUAGACGGAGGUGGUGUGAACGUGACAGCCCAGCAGCAAACAACGUACCAGCCGGACCCUCAGGGGCUGUUCACUGUCAGCAGCUCCAUCGUGAUCCUCAAGCAGUCCCCCAACAAGUACAGUUGUGUCAUUAACAAUGUGAUCCUGAAGGAGACACAGGAGGCUCACAUCCAGAUCGCAGAUUCCUUCUUCCCCCAUGUUUCCCGAUGGGUGACAGCGUUCUGGAUCCUGUUUGCUCUGGUUGUUGCAGCAGUCACUCUCGCAGUGUGGUACCAUCGGAAAUUACUGAAUAAGAUUCAAGGCCUCAGGAAAUCUGAAGAUAAUCUUGAACGUCAAAGACUGCUGGAUGCAACUGAACUUGAGAAACUUCAGCAGAAGUUAGAGUGGAACAGGAUACAGAGUUAUGCAGCUCCAGCCUCUCUGACUCUGGAUCCGAACACAGCGCAUCCCCUGCUCAUCCUGUCUGAGGACCGGACCAGUGUGAGACUCGGAGACAAACUGCAGCCGCUCCCUGACUCCCCGGAGAGAUUUGAUUUCUGGCUCUGUGAUCUGGGAUCAGAGGGAUUCACAUCAGGGAGACAUUACUGGGAGGUGGAGGUGGGGGAGAAGACUGAGUGGUUUCUGGGAGUGGCCCGAGAGUCAGUGAAGAGGAAAGGGUGGAUCACCCCGAGCCCGGAGACUGGAUUCUGGAUUGUGGAGCUGUAUCCCGGAUGCGGUUAUUUAGCCGCCACCUCCCCCUCACGGACCCCCCUCUCCCCGAGUGUGAAUCCCCGGAAGAUCGGGGUUUUCCUGGACUAUGAAGGUGGACAGGUGUCAUUUUACAAUGCGGACACCAUGUCCCAUCUCCACACUUUCACCCACACUUUCACUGAGAGGCUCUUUCCCAUCUUCAAUCCGGGAUGGAAUGACGGCGGGAAAAACUCCGCCCCGCUGACAAUCUGCGGGAUUAAAGGGCACUGACAGAUCCAUCCCAUAAUUUCACCCCAUCCCCCUGCCUCCUGACAGCUGUAAACUGAUGGGGGUCGGUCUCAGUCUGGGGGAGAGAAGAAACAAAUAGAAGCUCAAUUGUAGAGAGGGACUGACUGGGUAGAAUGAGCUGUGAGCUGCAGGAACCCGGGGACCUUCCUGCCUGUAAUGUUGCUCCACAGGCGGGAGGUGGCGCUACAUGAUGGUGUUGGAGAUGAAUCAGUCAGUGGGUCUCAGACUGGGCUCAGGGGAGUCUUUCCAGGGGGGACACUAAAUCAUUUCACUGCAGGGUCAGUGGAGUCUUUCCAGGGGGGAGACCAAAUCAUUUCAUCGCAAGGCGGAGAGAGAAUAAUAUGUGGAGAAACGAUCGUCCUGUUAACUAUAAAUUUGCAGAAAUGAGAGUUAUUCCUGCAGGAGCAGCAGUCCCGCACACUUCCCGAAUUCUCAUUUUCAUGGUGCAGAGCUGAGAUUUACUUUCGGGAGGAGGGGAGGGGAGCUGGGAGGAGAACUGCUGUGAUAUUCAACUCUUCAGUUUGGAUCAGGCAGGGAGCUCGUCUCGUUCUUGCGCUGCCUUGACCACUGAGUGUUGUAUCUUGUUUCUGUUAAUUGGAUUUGUUCCUUGUAAUCAUAAUAAAAAUGUCAAAGAGA